GUUUGGCCAGAUUCAGGAAAUCGCACUUCCACAGGUUACCUCGUCGAGUCAAGAAAAAAGUACAUAGAUGAUGAAAGUAUCCGGUUAACUUUCCGUCGCGCUCGUCUUACUCACUGCACGAUACAUAGCUGAUGCCCUUCAAAGAAGAAGCCCUACAUUUAAACGAUGAUCGAUGUAGAUAGGUCCUCUCUUCGGGUCGCGACUGAAGAACUAUAUGCACUAAGUGCUGCUACGUGAUGAAGGCAGGAAAUUCUCCUCUUUUGUUGACACGUCUAAAUGCUUCUAGUAUCAUGGGUGAUAGAUUAUUCGCUGACUGCUCUCUUAGAUCGGUAAGAAAUGUGAAAUCUGAGCAGUUUUCGUGGUGAGGGAUCCCCAGGGAUUGACUGAAUCCUGAAUAAGAGUUGAGAGAAGUACUUGAAUAUGCGUCGCGACGAGUACGAGAAGAAUGCUCUUCUAAAGACGAGAGUGAGACACGAAAUGACGUAUUGUUUUAGCGUAGUAACCUGUAGAUCCUGGGUAUCGUCGCCCUAUCGAUUCGCAAUCUAAACAUGGUUUUAUCGUCGAUCUAUAUCCUAGAGUUCGGCUGCUUUGCAUCAUCAAGUGUGAGAAUGUACUAGUGGUUUGAUAGUAGAUAAAAUAUCAUGUCUUCUCGGAUUAAGCAUGAUAGUGGAAUAUACUCCAGCUUGUUGAAUCUUAAAAUUUUGUAUGUUUCCACAUGUGUUCUUUAUCGAUGAAAGUCAAUCGUUGAAGCUUGCCUAGUCCGAGAACUUGCAAUAUUGAAUAGCUUAGACUUGGACGAUCAAACCUGCCGCAAGAAUCCUCAACUGUUGCCAAGAUACAACAGUGAGUUUUAUCUUUUUGACAAAGCAGUUGUUGGUAAAGUAGUUCACAGUACGAGAAAGAUGGGUAAUCUGGUGGGAAGGAGCGCGGUCCAGCCGCUAGACCCACCGCAGGAACCUGCAGGAGCACCGGUGGUGGCAGGAUCGGGAAGCAAUGCACCCCCUAAGGAAACGGCGGUUAAGAGGCAGGGAAGUCAGGAAAGGAGGGAACCUGGAGGAGCAACAGACGUGGCAGCCCCGGAAUCCAAGAGGGCUGGAGCCACCGAAGGCGGGGGGCGCUACGGGAAGGAGAGGGAUGAUGCGUGGACAGAAUUAGUGGCUGCGCACCGAACGCUCCAAACUGAGGAGACCGUCUACAACGCUGAAGUACGUUUUGCGCGCAUAUCAGGGGCUUCGACGGCGGAACAGCGCGGGAAACUUAUUACAGCCUGGGAUGAAUGGCUUGAAGCGAAGGGGAAAUAUGUUGGAGUCGAGAUGCGAAUUUUCCACAGCGAAGCAGAUGAAGCAAAAUUGCGAGAAAAAGUAGGGGAGCUAAGACUGGAACAAGAUCAAUCAGAAAACGCACAAGCAGAAAAACAGCAUGCAGAACUAGAUAAUGAAGUACCUGCAGCCGGAAAGGAAAGUGGGACCGAAGAUCGAGAGGGAGCAGCAGCAGCAGAAGCAGCAGCUGAACAAGAACGAGCAGGACCAGGAGGGUCUGCACAGGUUGACAAUCGAGGAUCUUCUCCCCUGCAGACGACGGAAAGCAGCACUGUAGGAGGAAGCGAAGGCAAGGACGCAAAAACAGCAGGAUUAGACGGCCCAGCAGGCGGUAAGCGAGAAGCAAGAGAAGGACGUCCACGACUACGGCAACAACAUAUUUGGUCUGCAACUGCACCAGAGAAGCGACAUGUUGUGGGUGAUAACGCCUUCGCGGCUUUGGGGGGGAAAGUGCCAGCGCCAGGAGAAACAUCACCGGCGUCAACCAGUUCCUUCCUCCAGCCCAGCACCAUCACUUCCUCUUCUAGCUCUACUUCCACUGGAGUGCAUCAGCUUUCUUUCAACGACCCCAUCUGCGGACUCUUACUCGCUGUGUGCUUCUUCUUCGUGUGGAAGUCCCUGAGGAAGGCCUGCCGUAGUACUUCUACAACGUCCACCACCUUCUUCGGUACAACCAAAGAAGGAGGAGCUACCUCUAGUACUUUCUUCGAUGAAGAGGAGAACCAUACCAGCAGAGAAGAAACCGUCGCCAUCCUCUUCGACGAAGCAGAGGGGGAUGAAGACUGUGUCACUGCAUCAGAGGGAAGUAUCGCGAUCCCUGUCGAUGACGAAGACGUGGAGAGGAACAAUACAACGAGAGGAAAAGCUCUUCGCACU